AUGUCGCUCCCCGUUCUGGCACCUCGCCUGGCAGGCGUCACGCCGCCGGUCGUCGAAAAGCCGAGUUCCAAGGAACACACCGAGGCCGAAUGGGAAGCCAAGCGGGAACUGAUCCAGAAACUGUAUAUCCAGGACAACCGCAAGUUGAGCGAGACCAUGGCCAUUCUCGAGUCCAAACACGGCUUUGCUGCCACGGAACAAAUGUACAAAAAGCGCCUCAAGAAAUGGAACAUUAGGAAGCGAACCUAUCGAAAGUCUACGCCCAUCAAUUCUUCACUGAAUACCUCAGUGUCCACCCCGGAAUCCUUUGCGGAGCAGUCAACCGACCAAGAUGACGCUGGCGUCGAGGAGGUCGUUCGCACCCCUGACCGGACCAAGCAAAACACCGCGCUCUCUCUCCCGCUCCAGGUCUCUCGGCAGGGCCCCUACACGGGACUCGAGAUAGUCCUGGGCAACGUGUGGAGCUGGAGCCAAGCCAAACUGGAAAACCACGGACUCUCGUCGGACCCCAUGUCGGACUAUCUGGCCAACCCAAACCAGCCCCCCAUACAGGACAGCCGGACCAUGUACCGCACCUUUGAGCUUGUCUUUGAUCUUUGGAAGCACGAGCGAGGUGACCUGGCCGGCAUGGCCGCGCGCAAGGGGUUCUACGUCCUCGAAUAUGUCCUGACCGAUGACCAUCCCGACCUCGUCUGGCACAUGCUUGACACCAUCUAUGACAUGGUAGACAGGGGCCACAUUCAACUUCUAAGCAUGUUUUUGGAGCACGCGACAGUGCUAGCGCACCGGCAGCUUCCCACGCAGCAUCCCCUCCUGCAGAUUCUGGUGCAGCUACGGCAGUGCGAUUACUCCACUGACCAAGGGCGACAGUACAUACGCCAUCUCUUACACCAAGCAUGGCUGCGCAACGUACACAUACUCGGCGAGCAGGUCGGGUCGCUCGCGCCUCAGCACCUCUGGCUGUAUGAGCAGCUGAUCUGGGACGGUCGGACGCAGCUACGGAAGGACAGUGAUUUGAAGCAACGGCGCGAGCUACUGACAGCCGCGCUUCGGAACCUCAGCAAUAUAUACCAGGCCACUGGCGACGUUCCCACAGCCAACUGCCUGCGUGUCGAAGCACUGACGCUCGAGUUUACACAGAUGGACUUGGGCGACAAGCCUCAAGCCGAGCAGCUCGCACUCCAGCUCCUCAGUCACACCGAAGGGGCUGGCUCCGACCCGAGACUCAACGCACGCUUCCACGCCUAUGCACGCAAGAUGCUCGCUCGCGUACACCAGGAUCGGUCCGACUGGGACGUUGCCGAACAGAAUCUGAAGCAUGCUAUCAUGAGCCGCGAGACAGCCCAUGGAGCUAGCAACAACUUGAGAGUCGUCAGGGAUAUGUGGGUGCUGGCCGACCACUACAAACGGACUGGGCGAAAUAUCGAAGCAAGAAACGUCGCCGAGGACGCCAUCAACAGGGCCAAGGACUAUUUAGAGGAUUUGCCAGGAUAA